UUGUAUCAUUCAUAUUGAAAAGUCGACGUGCGCGGAUAAGUAGAGGAUAACCGAAGUACCGAAUAACCGAAUUAUAAUAACCGGAGGAUAAAAAAGUAUUGUUUAUAGUGAUACUAAUCGCCCAGCCAGCCGAUAUUGAUCGAAAAUGGUGUGGGAAUCAAGUGAAAUUUAAAAAGAUACCGACGACUUAGUCGAUUAAACCCCUCAAAUGGUAUAAAAUUUGACAAAAAACCAGAGUGUAAUGAAAAUUUGUUAAAAAAAAAAUUUAAUAUCCAAUAACAAAAAUUAUUGCCCACCAACAUUGCGCAAACAUAAGUGAAGUUAUUUAUAUCCGCAAGAAGCCGCAAUUCAGCACUUGAAUACGUUGUUUACUACGUUGCGACCAAACAAAUUGAAGACCUGAAGUCAUGGCUAUAUGCUUAAUGCAUUUGAUGGGGUGUAAACCUCCUUAUUCAUCGUCCUCAUUGACCUCAUCAAAGUCAUUAGCGGAAUCAUUAUUCUCUUUUUUGGUCACAUUCACUGUUGUCCUCGCUUUGGUGACAAGUGUCAGUGGCGAAGAUUGCGGCCAGGAGGAAUUCACCAAAUGUACGGAACCUCUGGAGAUGUUGCAUUUAACUUCAGAAUUUUCAAUUGGUGCUGCCAAGAAGGAUGAACUGGAAAAACUUUGUGUUGAGCUGCGCAAAGGAGUCCGAUGCAUUCAGAGCUAUACCAGGCGUUGCAUGGAUUUGCAGCAACGCAAUCAAUUCAACAAAUUGUAUCAUGGCACUAAUCAAUUCAUAAGGGAUCUCUGUAACAAGGGUGAAUUCCAAGAUGAGUACCUGAAGCACGCCCCCUGUUCGGAGAGGGCCAAGAAAGAGUUUGAGGUGUGUGCUAAUCGAUACAAGGAAACAAUGGUAUUCCUAAAACCGAAUAAGAACCAGGAAAGCCAGGAGAACAUCACCCUCGAUGAAAAUAUUAAAACGAUAUGCUGCUCCAUCAAUGAACUCGUCGACUGCUCGGAAAAUGCUGCACGGAAGAUUUGUGGUGCAAAUGCUGCAAAAUUUACACGCGAAUUAGUCGAUAAAUACGCCAACAGUUUAACUAAGAUAUACUGCGAAGAUUUCACACGGCAUCCGGAAGUUUGUCGCAAUGGUGAAGGCGAUGCCGGAAUGGCUUUACACAGUUCUUGGCAGCACAUAGUGGCCCUGAUGGUAGCGCUGUUUGCUCUGGGCGUCUAUCAGCAAAACCAAAGGCUAACAAGAUAGAUGACAGACCCCAGUCGCUGUCCGUUAAGUUAGUUACAGAGGAGAAUACUGAGAAAAACAAAAUGUGACAUUAGUUCUAAAGUGCAAUGAGGUUAGAGUUGUUUUGUCAUUGGUCACACUACCACCACCACCACCUUAUCCGCCACUACCUCAACACUGUCACCGAUCCAGACCACACUAGACCAAUCAAUAUCACCGACCAAGGCGGACGUUAUGCUAAAAAAAAUCAAAACUGUAAGUACACUCAAGUCGGCGCUGGGACUGUUGUGAUUGUUUCGCCUCACUAAAUAAUGGAUCCUCCUGCCAAAAUGAUUCCGCUGAUUAUUCGGAUGAAAUGACGCGCAUUAGUAGCCACCUUUCCCCUAGGUUUGCCUGGUGCCAGCUGGACCAAACCACAGUGCUGCACUUGGCAGCACGGCGUCCUUCUUCCAGCCGAUAAAUCACCAAGCGAAACAACACAAUAUAAUUGUGCAAUUAAUAUUAUUACGAUUAUGUUUACGAUUAUUGUUACGAGUAUUACGAUUAUUCAUAGAACAUUAUGGAUUAACACUUUUACUGUUAGUGUGAGUACAUAAAAAUGAUAAAUUAGCAAAACAAUGACAGCAGCAGCAACUACAACAACAGCAAUCUAUGAAUCCACAUACAAUAUAGAACCAUGAUUCGAAGUAGAUGAUCCACAUACAUUUGUGGACUCCAUGAAAUAUUGAAAUUUAAUUGUUUUCUUAAAAAAAAAAAAAAAAACAUUUUUAAUGAUAAGAUAUAUAGGUUGUUACUUUAGGCUAUAGUAAUUUGCAACCAUUGGAAACCCCGACUAGAUGCACCCAAAAUAUAUUCGAACUCACCAAAUUUGAAUGAAAUGGUUUUUCAUGAUCUCCACGAUUUGCAGUCCCUUAUAAGACUCAAGGUCUUUUAUAUGAAUUUCCGUGUUCCUGGCAUGCGAAGAAGAAAAGUAGACCUUAAGUCAAUUGUUAUUUUACUUUGCGUAGCAUGUUAACUGUUUGUCAUAUUUUGUUAGAAUAAUCCAUGAAACUAGUUAUAAUUUAAGGAGUAACAGUGCUGUUUAAUGUAUAUAAAACAUUAACCUUAAGAUUUUAUAUUUUCAUCCAUAGGGAUGUUCUCUUCAUAUCAAAGAACAACAACAACAACUUUUAUUUAUAAUAUUUGAAAUACUUAUUUUGUUGUUGUUCCUUUUAUAUAAAUUUCUUUCAAGAUACGCUUGUACCUUAUAUGCAUUAUCGGAAAUUAUGAAUUUAUCUUGCAGUUCCUUUAAAACUAUGAUGCGAACAUUUCGCAAAAUUUUUAUUUUUUUUUAAUUUAAUAAAGAGUUGUCUGUUAUUUCCACAAUAUUCAUAUCAAACCGAUUUUCUUUGGAGUGGAGGAGUAUCUAGUGUUUAUGUAUGGCAACAAUAUUAUUCCAAAUACUGAGGGGACAUGUCCCGAAUGGAUGAUUUCAUGCACCCUCUACAGAGUAAGGAUACGAUGAGUGAGCGUAAACAGUGGAACCAUUCAUUAAAAAGGUCCAAUUGUCAACUUCUAUUCAACUUUGUAUCGUUCCUUUUUUAAAAAUGAAGAAGAAGUCAACCUUUAGUGCUAUACUGUGCGCAAAAAAGUUAUCUCCCGCUUUUUUAAUGAAAUCACCACUUUAUUGUGAAAUGAAUGGUAGGUAUUUCGUAAUGCAAAACUAAGUUUUUCUAUUCAUUGCGCGGUCAUAGAAGAUAGAAGAUAGUAAAUAUUAAAACUUACGAUUAGUCAUUGAAACAAAACCCCCUUAUGCGUAAUGUGUUCAUCGUUUUCUUCUAUUAAGAGAUAUUAGAAAAAUAUUAUGUAAAUAUCGUGUUGUAAGAGGAUGAAUUUAAAUCAUUUGUUAGUUUUAUAUGUUUUUACCCUACACUCAAUUUAUGUAUGUACCCUAGGGUGGUGAAUUUCUUACAACCUUAUAUCCCUGUACUAUGCUUUGAUGAUUUUAUGUUUAGGUUUGGCUAGAUUGAAAAGAGGGUGCAGAUAUUAAUCCGCCUCAUGCCACUAUGGACAUACACCUAAGCUAGUAAUCGGCUUGUUGUGCGCUCUAAAAACUAUAAAGU